UUUGUCUGUAUCGCAGAUCUCAAAGAAAUGGUUAGGUGUAAGCAAUAAGACCUAAACCCAGAUAGCGGUUUCAUGGAGCUGCUGAGACCAACACAAUUAUUUCAGAUCUACAAGACUUGCGGGAAUUGAUUAGUCGUUUAACAUACGCUGCUAGCUACUGUAAUUUGCAACUAGCAGAGGUAGCUAGCUAGCUAGCUAAACAGUGAAAAAGAUGGCGACGCUAAACGGUAUUAAGAAAAUGUAUGGGAUCUGUUCUCAUGUAAUCCGCCAAACGACUGGAUUGAGAGCAGCAAAACUCAUUCAGCAGAGGGCGUUCAGAGUCAAUGGAGCCCUCAGGCAGCAGUCGUUUGACUCCUCAGAAGAGAAGCCCCAGUUCCCGGGAGCAUCAGCAGAGUUUAUUGAUCACCUGGAGUUCAUCCAACCUAACGUGAUCUCUGGGAUCCCCGUUUACAGGGUCAUGGACCGGGCCGGGAAGAUCAUUAACCCCUCAGAGGACCCACAGCUCUCCAAGGAACAAGUGUUGAACUUCUACCAGAAGAUGACCCUGCUGAACACCAUGGACCGUAUCCUGUAUGAGUCUCAGAGACAGGGCCGUAUAUCCUUCUACAUGACUAACUACGGAGAGGAGGGAACACACAUAGGCAGCGCUGCAGCUCUCGACCCAAGGGACCUGGUCUUCGGCCAGUACAGGGAAGCAGGCGUGCUGAUGUACCGUGGUUUCCCCCUGGACCUCUUCAUGGCACAGUGCUAUGCCAACGUUGACGACCUGGGCAAGGGGCGCCAGAUGCCCGUUCACUACGGCAGCAAAGACCUUAACUUCGUCACCAUCUCCUCUCCUCUGGCCACUCAGAUCCCACAAGCGGCAGGGGCAGCGUACGCAGCGAAGAGGGAGAACACCAACCGCGCUGUGAUCUGUUACUUCGGAGAGGGCGCGGCCAGCGAGGGCGACGCCCACGCCGGGUUCAACUUCUCCGCGACCCUGGAGUGCCCGCUCAUCUUCUUCUGUCGUAACAACGGCUACGCCAUCUCCACGCCGACCAACGAGCAGUACCGCGGCGACGGCAUCGCCGCCCGCGGUCCAGGCUACGGUAUGAUGUCUAUCAGAGUGGACGGUAACGAUGUGUUCGCUGUCUACAACGCUACCAAGGAGGCUCGCCGCAGGGCUGUGGCCGAGAACCAGCCCUUCCUCAUCGAGGCCAUGACCUACAGGAUUGGGCACCACAGCACCAGCGACGACAGCUCGGCCUACCGCUCCGUAGAUGAGGUGAACUACUGGGACAAACAGGACCACCCCAUCUCUCGUCUGCGUCACUACAUGACGGCCCGCUCCUGGUGGUCCGAGGAGGACGAGAGGAGCUGGAGGAAACAGAGCCGGAAGAUGGUGAUGGAGGCGUUUGAGAAGGCUGAGAAGAGGCACAAGCCUCACCCUGACUUGAUGUUCUCUGACGUGUAUGAAGAGAUGACCCCUAACCUGGUCAAGCAGAAGGAGGCCAUGUGGAGACAUAUCCAGCAGUAUAAAGAGCACUAUCCACUGGAUGCCUACGCCAAGUAAACACUACCACUGGAGUAAAACUACAAAAGCAGGAUCAAGGAGUUAGCCGGCUAAACAUUUCUUUUUCUGGUUCAUUAAAAAAGCUAAACUUUUUGUUUGUUGAAUCAAUUAGACCCAUGCACAAGUUUAUCUGUCUAAAACAAUAUAUAACAUUUAGGCUAGUUAGUUAGCUAACUCGUUGGUUCUGCUGAUAGUAUAUCCUUCAGGUUCUGGCAGAGUACCACAUGGCACCCUAUUCCCUACUUUAGAUGGCACCCUAUUCCCGACUCGAGAUGGCACCCUAUUCCCGACUCUAGAUGGCACCCUAUUCCCUACUCUAGAUGGCACCCUAUUCCCUACUCGAGAUGGCACCCUAUUCCCUACUUUAGAUGGCACCCUAUUCCCGACUCGAGAUGGCACCCUAUUCCCUACUCUAGAUGGCACCCUAUUCCCUACUCUAGAUGGCACCCUAUUCCCUACUCUAGAUGGCACCCUAUUCCCUACUCUAGAUGGCACCCUAUUCCCUACUCUAGAUGGCACCCUAUUCCCGACUCUAGAUGGCACCCUAUUCCCGACUCUAGAUGGCACCCUAUUCCCGACUCGAGAUGGCACCCUAUUCCCGACUCGAGAUGGCACCCUAUUCCCUACUCUAGAUGGCACCCUAUUCCCUACUCGAGAUGGCACCCUAUUCCCGACUCGAGAUGGCACCCUAUUCCCGACUCUAGAUGGCACCCUAUUCCCUACUCUAGAUGGCACCCUAUUCCCGACUCUAGAUGGCACCCUAUUCCCGACUCUAGAUGGCACCCUAUUCCCUACUCUAGAUGGCACCCUAUUCCCUACUCUAGAUGGCACCCUAUUCCCUACUCUUGAUGGCACCCUAUUCCCUACUCUAGAUGGCACCCUAUUCCCGACUCGAGAUGGCACCCUAUUCCCGACUCGAGAUGGCACCCUAUUCCCUACUCUAGAUGGCACCCUAUUCCCUACUCUAGAUGGCACCCUAUUCCCGACUCUAGAUGGCACCCUAUUCCCUACUCUAGAUGGCACCCUAUUCCCGACUCUAGAUGGCACCCUAUUCCCUACUCUUGAUGGCACCCUAUUCCCUACUCUAGAUGGCACCCUAUUCCCGACUCGAGAUGGCACCCUAUUCCCGACUCGAGAUGGCACCCUAUUCCCUACUCUAGAUGGCACCCUAUUCCCUACUCUAGAUGGCACCCUAUUCCCGACUCUAGAUGGCACCCUAUUCCCUACUCUAGAUGGCACCCUAUUCCCGACUCUAGAUGGCACCCUAUUCCCUACUCUAGAUGGCACCCUAUUCCCGACUCUAGAUGGCACCCUAUUCCCUACUCUAGAUGGCACCCUAUUCCCUACUCUAGAUGGCACCCUAUUCCCGACUCUAGAUGGCACCCUAUUCCCUACUCUAGAUGGCACCCUAUUCCCUACUCUAGAUGGCACCCUAUUCCCUACUCUAGAUGGCACCCUAUUCCCGACUCUAGAUGGCACCCUAUUCCCUACUCUAGAUGGCACCCUAUUCCCUACUCUAGAUGGCACCCUAUUCCCUACUCUAGAUGGCACCCUAUUCCCUACUCUAGAUGGCACCCUAUUCCCGACUCUAGGCUCUGGACAGAAGUAGUGCACCCUAUAUGGAAUAGGGUGCCAUUUGGUGUAUACACUCAGUCUGCAGGAAAACCCUGUACAGCGUUGCAGGUAGAAAUGUCACAAAUAGAACUGACAUGAUUCCUUUUGCUUCGUGUCAGAGAGGCAUGUUUGUUCUAUAUAAACUAUUUCCAUCUGAACGUUCCACAACAUUGUGCCAUGUUGAAAGUGUCCUAGGCUGGAGCCGGAGGAGAGGAGAGGCAGAUGGGACUGUUGUAUUCUACUGUUCUGCAUAGAGUUAUAGUAUUCUGACCAGGCUAGAAUUAUUUUCUGGUAUUCUGACCGGGCUAGAAUUCUUUUCUGGUAUUCUGUCCGGGCUAGAAUUCUUUUCUGGUAUUCUGUCCGGGCUAGAAUUCUUUUCUGGUAUUCUGACCGGGCUAGAAUUCUUUUCUGGUAUUCUGACCGGGCUAGAAUUCUUUUCUGGUAUUCUGACCGGGCUAGAAUUCUUUUCUGGUAUUCUGUCCGGGCUAGAAUUCUUUUCUGGUAUUCUGUCCGGGCUAGAAUUAUUUUCUGGUAUUCUGACCGGGCUAGAAUUCUUUUCUGGUAUUCUGUCCGGGCUAGAAUUCUUUUCUGGUAUUCUGACCGGGCUAGAAUUCUUUUCUGGUAUUCUGACCGGGCUAGAAUUCUUUUCUGGUAUUCUGACCGGGCUAGAAUUCUUUUCUGGUAUUCUGACCGGGCUAGAAUUCUUUUCUGGUAUUCUGACCGGGCUAGAAUUCUUAGCUUUAUGCCCAGUAGUGGGAGGGACUAAUGUUAAGGAUGGUUUUGUUCUAAUUGACCACUAUGGGCCUCUAGUUUUUUGUGUGCUUUGAAUGAAUGAGUCUGACCCAGUCAGUCCUGUAUUUUGUGUUAACCCCUCCUUCAGCGACACCCAGCCUUUACCGGUGUAUUAGAAUUAUUUCAGAGCUAACACACAUGAUUAUCAAGCCCUUGAUACUGUGACGCCGUGAGCUAGUUCAGUUGGUCUUUGUUAAACAUGAUAAUCAAGAUUUUCCUGCUCGCUCAACAACUGAGUAGUUGAAUGGUCUACAUUAGUCAUUUAUUAGUCCACAGGAGUCUACCCAAUGAGCAAAAGGCAUUAAAACCAGUUUUGCUCACUGGUUAAUCAUACCUGAGUAAUGCAUGCUGGGGGAUAUAGGACUGAAAAUGACUUAACCAUCUACCCAUACCAGUGGUGUUGUCAUGCGUACCUAGAACUCUUAGUUUUGCCUACUUCCUCUAUAAAGGUUAUUAGUUAAUACUGUAGAUUCCCACUCGUUUCGUAUGCAAAGUUUUCUAGCUUUUUGGUAUCGGGGUCUAUGGCGUUUGAGUUUCUUUGUUUAAUAAAGUUUCUUUGAGUUAAUUAAAAUGUGUCCAGGUUACUGAAUAAACAUCGUGAAAACA